AUGAAGCUCUCACAUCAAUUCGCACGCAAUGCAUUUAUGCGCACAAGCAGAGUUCAAUGCACAGAGUCAUUGUAUUCGCCGCUAUGGAAGAGGUCAUACAGCAUCAAGCCUAUCUCAAAGACAGCAGAGUUACCAGGGGUUGACCCUUCCAAGCUUGAGAUUACUAAGACAAGCACACCCAAGGAAUUGACUCCCAAUGACCAAUUGAUUUUUGGCAAGACGUUCACAGACCACAUGCUCUCGAUUGAAUGGACCGCCUCUGACGGAUGGCUUACUCCCCGCAUAAUUCCGUACCAGAACCUUAGUCUCGACCCUGCAACAUGUGUUUUCCACUACGCAUUCGAGUGCUUUGAGGGGAUGAAGGCUUAUAAAGACAAGGAUGGCAAGAUACGUCUGUUCCGACCCGACAAGAACAUGGAGCGUCUCAACAAAUCGUCUUCGCGUAUUGCCCUCCCAACCAUCGAUGGUGAAGGCCUUACCAAAUUGAUUGCAGAGUUUACUAAGCUGGAAAGCCGGUUCAUUCCUAAGGAAAAAGGGUAUUCACUAUACUUGCGACCUACCAUGAUUGGCACUCAGCGCACCAUUGGAGUGGGUCCUCCUGGGUCGGCACUUCUCUUCGUUAUUGCUAGCCCUGUUGGCCCAUAUUAUCCCACUGGAUUCAAAGCGGUGUCCUUGGAGGCGACCGACUACGCCGUGCGCGCCUGGCCAGGUGGUGUUGGAGACAAGAAGCUUGGCGCUAACUAUGCCCCUUGCAUUGUGCCUCAGCAAGAGGCCGCUUCUCGCGGAUUCCAGCAGAACCUGUGGCUCUUCGGCGAGGAGGAAUACGUAACUGAGGUCGGAACGAUGAAUCUUUUCAUGGCCAUCAAGAAUAAAGAGACGGGUCAAAAGGAACUUCUGACCGCGCCGUUGGACGGAACAAUCUUGGAAGGUGUCACACGAGACUCUGUUCUUUCGCUUGCUCGUGAAAGACUGAUCCCUGAGGGAUGGGCUGUGUCCGAACGCAAGGUGCGAAUGUCAGAGCUCGCUGAAGCGUCGGCUGAAGGACGGCUGUUGGAAGUCUUUGGGUCUGGCACUGCGGCUAUUGUCAGCCCCGUUCGCAAGAUCAGCUACAAGGGCCAAUUGGUGGACUGUGGACUCAAAGAGCAUGAGGAGGCUGGCGACGUUGCUCUUCGCAUGAAGAACUGGAUCGAGGGCAUACAAUACGGCGAGGAGCAGCAUGAAUGGAGUUACCUUGUCUAA